AUGGAUGCCAUUGUUGUCAUUUCAACAGCUGCUCGUUUACGAGACUCUGUUCUUCAACAAGCAGGAGAUAAAAUUAAAAAGCUCUAUACAGAACAAGCGCAAACUCUACCAGAUACAUCUUUUAGUACAAGCAAUGGACGUUUACCGUGCAAAAAGAUAUUCUUUAUUCCGGCACCAAAAUUAUCUAAAAGUGCUGAUAAGUGGGUAUUUCGAACUAUUGUUUCUGAAGCUAUACAAUUGAUAGUAAAUGAAAAGACAAUCAUUAUUCGACCAAUCGUAUUUCCAGCUGUUGGUUGUGGUCUAAAUGGUUGCGAUGCGACAUUCGUCGCAGAAACAUUAAUGAGAGCUGUUAGUUAUGAACUAGAACAACGACCAAACUUGCCUCUCUCUGUUUAUUUUGUAAUUCAAUCAAAAGAGACUAUCGUUUUCAACAAGUUUGAAGAACAAUUAAAGCUGAUAAAAUCUCCUCCAAGAUCAUCUACACGUCUCCCAGUUGUACCUCGAAAACCUCCACGAAAGGAUACUGGGCCUGCUUUUGAACGAAGAAUACUAGAGCCGUCUAGCAACAUAUUUAAAGAAGUUCUUCAAAUAUUUCAAUCGAGUAUGUCUAAUCAAUCUUAUAAAGAAGUUAUAAGUAUUGAAAACAUUCGAAAUAAACGUUGGUAUAGACAAUAUUUGGCAGAACGAGAUGAUUUCAAUGAUCGACUUAAACAAAAUACGGAAAAACGUUUAUUUCACGGAUGCUCAGAGAAAGCAGCUGAUAGUAUUAUGAAAGAGUUUUUCAAUCGAGGCUUUGCCGGUGCUAACGGAACUGCUUAUGGUCAAGGAUGCUAUUUUUCAUCGAAUGCAAGUUAUAGCCAUAAAUAUGCGACACCGAAUAACAAAGGCGAACGACGAAUGUUUUUAGCACGAGUAUUGGUUGGAAAGACAACGAAAGGUAAUUCGUCUAUGAAAAUUUGUCCGCUUGGGUUCGAUUCAACUACAGAUGGUUCCCAUAUAUUUGUCAUUUAUCGUGAUAGUCAAGCAUUUGGAGAAUAUCUAAUCACUUAUAGAUGA